AAAGUAGGUGGGUUAAACAAUCUUUGGACUAGAGUGACGGAAGCCGCUAAAGAUAAGUAUAUUGAGGGUAACUAUGAAGGUUCAUUUCUUACUGGGAAAUCUGAAAAUGGAUUUAUAUUUGCGUUGGUCUUGACCAUUGGGAAUUUUGGAUUGACGAUUUCUGAUUCCUCAUUCUGGCAGAAAAGUUUUUCAGCAAGACCGGAAGCUACAUUUCCUGGAUACUUAACAGCCUCUAUUGCAAUUUUAUCUAAUGCAUGGAGUAUUGGAGCUAUUCUCGGAUCAGCUACUUUGUUUUUGGAAAACGAUCCUUCUUUCCCUACUUACCCUAGAAAGAUGACUCAGUAUGAAAUUGAAAGUGGAUUCCCUUUACCUUACAUCGUGAAGGCUACCUUGGGUAAAAGCUCAGUUGGAGCUAUAUUAUUGGUAAUUUAUUUAUCCGUUACUUCUACUGUCAGUGCCCAAAUGAUUUCCGUAAGUAGUAUCAUUUCUUAUGAUAUCUAUAAGAAGUAUAUCCACCCUAAGGCUAAUAACAAACAGGUGAUUAGAAUUUCUCAUCUUUCAGUUGUUGCUUUUGGAUUAUUCUCAGCUGGGUUCUCAAUAAUGCUUCAUUACGUCGGUGUCACUAUGACUUGGAUGGGUUAUUUCAUUAGUAAUGUUAUAUGUGUUGCCGUUUUCCCUCUUGCUCUUAGUAUUCUCUGGGAUAGACAAACCCGGAUUGCAGCUACGGUUUCACCAAUAAUUGGUAUAAUUUCAUCUUUCAUCGUAUGGAUUCUUGUUUCAAGAAAGUUCGCCAACGGUGUAAUAAAUGCUACAACAUUGAGUGCUCAAGUUCCAUGUUUAUAUUCUGGACUUACCGCUCUUUUCCUUCCAGGAAUACUAUCAGUCAUCAUCAGUCUCGCUUAUAAACCUUACAAGUAUGACUGGAACAAAUUCAAAGAAGCUCAAUUGGUUAUUGCAAGUGAAAAAGCCAACGAAAGCCAAGAAGAUAGCACGUCAAACAAUUCUGUCAAUCAAAAACUCGAUGAGAAGAACAAUAACUAUUCAGUAGAAGAGACUUCUCAAAAAGAUAUUGAGCUUGAAUCUUUGGAACUGGCUGAGAAAACGGAUAAGCUCCUUAACAAAUAUAUUAAACUUGCUACUAUUGCAUUCAUAGUGACAUUAUUACUUACAUGGGUUAUUUGGCCUUGUGCAAUGUACCGUGAUUGGAUCAUGACCGAAGCUUACUAUAAAGGGUAUAUAGUUGUUGGACUCAUCUGGCUUUAUACAACCCUAAUUGUCAUUGGUUUAUUCCCUAUAUGGGAGGGUAGACAUGCAAUAAAAAUCAUUAUCAAAGGACUUUAUAGAGACUAUAUCAAAAGAGAGAAGCCUCAGAAUUAA